CUCCUAUUCGACACUCGUGCUCAGACUUCUUUCAGGCCACAACAGCAAGCAAAGUUGCGGAAGUAUCAUAGACUUAGAGAUGUUUGAUUGAACAUGCAGAGGAGCCAUUGAGUCAUACGAGCACCAAGAAGACGUCCGCAGAGGUGAAAGAGAAGAGGGAGGCAUUCAUCUUGAAUGUGGCAGAAGCGACACUGACGAGGUCAGUCAACGACAAUGGUGGGUAUUUAGACAGCAAGGGACCCUCCUUCCUUGUUCUCAUUUCCAUGUGUGAGUGUGGUGACUAAUGGGCCGGGGCUUCCCAGGUGAGAAGGGGGGGUCUUAGAAGUGAAGAGCCGACAUUUGGGGGUCAGAGAAGAGUUUUACACGGAGCAUGGCCUCGAUCAAACAGAAAGGUGUGGAGCAGCGACCGGCACACAUUAAAGAAGAGGACCGUGAGUCGGGCGCACCAGAGGAUUUGUGCGUGAAGGUGGAGGACUGCGAGGAAAGAAUUUCUAUUUUUAAAGAGGAGGAGUGCAAGGAGGAGUCUGCUGAGAUUAAAGUUGAAGACCUCAAAGAUUUCUCAUUUGGCCUUGCACUGCAAAAACGUGAAGCUGGACCGAUUUUCAAGCCAGAUGUGUGUGAAGAAUCUCUUUCCAAUUUGCAGCCCUGGGUCACUAAUACUGGACAACUGGCUACUGUGGAGAUUUCUGUGGAAGUGAAAUCUGAGUUAUCGGAACGUGAGGAGAAAAUUAAUGAAGGAGUCAGAAGAAAAGCAGAAGAGCAGCUGAGAAAAUAUUUACAGGAGAAAGGCAGCAUCUCCACAUCUUCAUUUGCUCAGACCUCUCUUCUGGACUGUGAGAAGAUGAGGAAACCAACAAGUGAAUCAGAGAACCUGACCAUAUCCUCUUCCCAGUGUAGUUCACUUCAUGCUGCUACAGUAACACAGACCGAGGCCAUCAAAACUUGUCAACAAGAAGUGAGUAAACACAUCCAAGUUCAAACUGGAGAAAAACUUUCCUGUUGUUUGGAAUGUGGCAAACAAUUCUUACACAAAAGUAGCCUGCUUAAGCAUAAGAAGCUUCACACUGGUGAGAAACCAUACAGCUGUUCUGAAUGUGGCAAAUGCUUCUUAGAGAGAAGUAAUCUUAAUAUCCACAUGACAGUUCAUACCAGCAAGAAUCCCCAUUGCUGUUUAGAAUGUGGCAAACGAUUCUCGCGAAUUCGCAGUCUUCAGAUCCACACAAGAAUCCACACUGGAGAAAAACCUUAUUGCUGUCUCGAAUGUGGCAAACAAUUCAAUGACAAUAGUGGUUUACAGGACCAUGCACAAACUCACACUGGAGAGAAACCAUAUGUCUGUUCUGAAUGUGGGAAGAGGCUCUCCAACAGUAGUAGUUUUCGGAAGCACAAGUGCACUCAUACUGGGCAGAAGCCAUAUAUCUGCUCUAAAUGUGGCAAAAGCUUUUCCAGCAAUAGUGCUCUUUUUAAUCAUGCCAAAAUACAUGCAGGAGAAACACCUGAAUGUGACCAGCAAGUCUCAGCCAGUAAUGACCUUCAUGUUCUUGAAGGAUCCCAUCCAAGUGAGAAACGUCAUAGCUUUUCUGAAUGUGACAAACAUUUCUCAGACAGCAGCAGUCUUAACAGACACAUGAGGAAUCACACUGGAAAGACUCUCCAUUCUUGUCCAGAAUGUGGCAAGCAAUUCUCACUACUUAGUCGUCUUCAGAAGCACUCAAGAAUCCAUACUGGUGAAAAACCCCAUUGUUGUCCAGAAUGUGGGAAAAGAUUCUUAAAAAUACACUAUCUUAAAUGUCAUAUCAGAAUUCAUACUGGAGAGAAGCCAUAUGUCUGUUCUGAAUGUGGAAAAAGCUUUACAAGCAAGAGUAGUCUUUAUAACCAUACCAAAAUUCAUACUGGAGAAAAACGUUAUUGCUGUUCUGAAUGUGGCAGGCAGUUCUCACAAGCAAGCCAUCUUCAACGCCACAACAGAACCCAUACUGGAGAGAAACCUUAUUGUUGCCCUGAAUGUGGCAGACAGUUCUCACAAGCAAGCGAGCUUCAGCGCCACAGCAGAAUUCACACAGGAGAGAAACCUUAUUGUUGUUUGGAGUGUGGCAAGCGAUUCAUACACCUCCCUAGUCUUUAUAACCAUAAAGGAAUUCAUACUGGAGAGAAGCCUCAUUGCUGUUCAGAAUGCGGGAAGAGAUUCUUGCAAAGAGGCCAACUUCAACAACAUAUCCGAAUUCAUACUGGAGAGAAACCUUAUUGUUGCUCUGAGUGUGGUAAGCAAUUCUCAAGAAGCGGUUCCCUUUGUAGCCAUAAAAAAAUGCAUACUGGUGAGAAACGUCAUUUCUGUUCUGAAUGUGGCAAGCAUUUUUCGAACAGCAGCAGUCUUAAUACCCACAUGAGAAUUCACACUGGAGAGAAACCCUAUGGUUGUUCAGAAUGUGGCAAACGAUUCUCACAAAGAAACGGUCUUCAGAACCACAUAAGAUUUCACCAUACUGGAGAAAAACCAUUUUCUUGCUCUGAGUGUGGGAAAAGUUUCUGUGACAAUAGCAGUCUUCUGAGGCAUGCGCGAAUUCACACUGGGGAGAAGCCAUAUUGCUGUUCUGAAUGUGGAAAAAGGUUCAUGUGCAGUAGCAGCUUGAGGAAGCACACACAGACUCAUACUGGAGAGAAACUGUGUUGCUGUCCUGAAUGUGGAAAACGAUUUUCUUGCAGUUUCAGCUUAUGGAGACACAAUCGAAUUCAUACUAGAGGAAACCCCGUUGUAAAUGUGGCAGAGAAUUUUUCCAUUGACCCAAACACAGAAAAAGUGAAGGAAGACGUCACUACUGUUCUAAAUGAGGAAGAUAAUUCUCAUUUAAAGUAGCUGACAAGUAUGCUGGAAUUCACAGCAGAGAGAAGGCUAAUGGUGAUGAAUGUGGCAAAUGGUGCAUAG